AUGUGCCUGUUUUCCUCGACUGGUUUAGCCAGGAAUAUCCGCACGGAGCUCCGUGCGGCUCCACCCAAGCCCGACGGCACCGAAGGAGCCGAAUGUGGAAUAAAUGCAGAAGUAGAAAAGCAACUUGAAAUGGGAAAGAAGUUAUUGGCUGGGGGGGAAACAGCAGAAGCGUGUUUUCACUUUCAUGCAGCUAUAGAGGGAGACUCUGAUAACUACAUUGCUUAUUACAGAAGAGCCACAGUGUACUUAGCCAUGGGCAAAUCUAAAGCAGCAAUUCGUGAUUUAAGCAAAGUGGUUGAAUUAAAGCAGGACUUCACAUCAGCAAGAUUACAGAGAGGGCAAUUACUGCUCAAGCAAGGAAAAUUUGAUGAAGCAGAGGAUGACUUUAAAAAUGUGCUCAAAUCCAGUCCUAGCAAUAAUGAGGAAAAAGAAGCACAGACUCAGCUGACAAAGUCUGAUGAGCUACAGCGCUUGCAUUCACAAGCAUUAUCUGCCUACCAGCAAGAGGAUUACGAAGCCGCUAUUUCUCUUCUUGAUGAAAUCUUGGCAGUUUGUGUUUGGGAUGCAGAGCUACGGGAACUUCGAGCUGAGUGUUACAUAAAGGAAGGGGAACCAAGCAAAGCCAUUAGUGACUUGAAAGCCGCUGCCAAAUUAAAGAAUGAUAACACUGAAGCCUUCUAUAAAAUCAGCAGAAUAUAUUAUCAGCUGGGGGACCAUGAAUUGUCACUCAGUGAAGUCCGGGAGUGUCUGAAACUGGACCAAGACCAUAAGCAAUGCUUCUCUCUCUAUAAGAAAGUGAAGAAACUCAAUAAGCAGAUCGAGUCAGCAGAGGAAUUAAUCAGAGAAGGCAGGUAUGAAGAUGCUAUCAAUAAAUAUGAUUCUGUAAUGAAAACUGAGCCUGAAGUCCCAAUUUAUGCCACUCGUGCCAAAGAAAGAAUCUGCCACUGCUUAUCAAAGAAUCAGCAGGCUACAGAAGCCAUAAAAGUUUGUACAGAAGUUCUGCAACUGGAACCAAGCAACGUGAAUGCCCUGAAAGACAGAGCAGAAGCUUAUUUGCUGGAAGAUCUGUAUGAAGAAGCUAUUAAAGACUAUGAGACUGCUCAAGCCAAUAGUGAAAAUGACCAGCAGAUUCGGGAGGGGCUGGAACGUGCCCAGAGGAUGCUGAAGCAAUCACAGAAGAGGGAUUACUAUAAAAUCUUAGGAGUAAAAAGAAAUGCUCGAAAGCAAGAAAUCAUAAAAGCUUACAGAAAGCUGGCAUCCCAGUGGCACCCUGAUAACUUCCAGAGUGAGGAAGAAAAGAAGAAAGCAGAGAAAAAAUUCAUUGAUAUAGCAGCUGCUAAAGAAGUCCUCACUGACCCAGAGAUGAGGCGGAAGUUCGAUGCGGGAGAAGACCCACUGGACGCAGAGAGUCAGCAGGGCGGGGGCAACCCUUUCCACAGGAACUGGAACACGUGGCAAGGAUUCAACCCCUUUGGUUCUGGAGGAGGACCGUUUACAUUCAAAUUUCACUUCAGUUAGAGCCAAGACUGUUUCUGGUGGCUGCCGCUGGUUUUUUACUUAAUUCGUUGAAAAAUAAAAAGUCUCUCCGUUCAAGACCCAAAAA